UAAGACGCGUUAGACUGACCUGUCGUAUAAGAGGUCGACGACGCAGGGUUCGACGCCGACGAAGGAGAUGGCUUGUUCGAGUCAAAAGACGCUGGAGACGUUGCAAGCGUCGCGUCACGAGAUACAUCAGGUAUCGAAAGAAGAGAGUCAUCGUGCGGAGAGGUAGAGGAGGGUACCGUGUACAACUGAGAAACGGCAAAUAUGGAAAAACAAGGAGGUUCAGAACUAUUUACCGCCGCAAACGACGCUAUCCGAUCAGACGAAUACCUCGAAAAAGAUUAUAUAUUUCUGUUGAAAGUCAAGGCUUUGUUGAUAAAAAAAGGGGACGCACAUUGUACGGACGCUCGCGGGCCUACAUUAAAGUCAAUGGAAGAGAUUACUCUCGACACAAGCGGGGUUUUAAUGUUGUUGUUAUCAACUACAAAACUGGACGUAUCGAGGCAAGGCGAUCUUUUGACACUCAUGGCAGCAGGAAAGCAGCAAGGAGAUUCAAGCACUUUAUUUACAGAAUCAGGCGUGGGAGGAUUGUUUUAAUCGCCAUCCAAGAUGAAGCGUAUCGGUUUGGAAGAUAUUACAAGUACGUCUUCAGAAGGCUUGGCAUCAGCAACACACGCAGAAUAAGACUCAGUUUCAGAAGUAGUCUUGCCUUGAUCGGUUAU